AAUUUCAACACUAUUUCAUUUCGCAUUUGCAUUUCAAUUUCAAUUACAUUUGCAUUUCAAUUUUAUACUUCCCUCUUUUCUCUCUCUAUUACAGAACUCCGCCUUCAGAGUUCAUACUCUGCUUCUCGAUCUUUCUCUCUCCUUUCACUUUCUCUCUCAUUUCCAAUGGAGUAUGUACAGAAUCACUAAUUUAUAUAUUUUUGUAGAUAUAUUACAAACAGAGAGUUUUUGGAGUUUCAAUGGAGACGAUUAGCUUAUGUAGCUUCGGCGAUUUUUCAUUUACUGCUGUUUUCUCAACUUCUAAGGAGUUUUGAAUAAUAAACAUCUAUUUGGAGACUUUGUUGUGGUGGAUCUACUUAAACUAACUACAGCUGUUGGAUUUGUGCUUUGAUUCCUGUUGGCUGAAGCAUGUGCACUGGCCCAGAAAGACCCAAUUCUAGUUCAUCUACCAACCAAUCCAUUACUGAUUCUAAAUCUAGUAUGAAGGGUAUUACUAAACUCACGGUUGAGACUGAAGAUUCCUUUUCUAGUUUGCUUGAACUUGCUGCAAAUAAUGAUCUUGAAGGUUUUAAAAGAUCUGUUGAGCGCGGUGCUUCUGCUAUUGAUGAGGCGGGCCUAUGGUUGGUUCGCAAGAAAGGCGCAAAGCAGAUUGUUAAUGAGGAAAGAACUCCUUUAAUGGUAGCAGCCACAUAUGGAAGCUUAGAUGUUUUGAAAUUGAUUAUCUCUAAUCCAGUGGUUGAUGUUAAUCGUGCUUGUGGUCCUAACAAGUGCACAGCUCUUCACUGUGCAACAUCUGGCGGUUCUGUCAAUGCUGUUGAUGCAGUUAAGUUGCUGCUAUCAGCUGGUGCCGAUCCUAAUAUUGAGGAUUCUAAUGGUCAGCGGCCAGCGGAUGUGAUUGUUGUUCCUCCAAAGCUUCAUGGUGCUAGAGCUUCUCUUGAAGAACUGCUUCUGAAAAAUUCAUCUGAUGGUUCAGUUGGUGAGUGCAAAUUGAGAGUAUCUGUCACUACUUCAAAUGGAUCCUCUCCCAUUCUAUCCUCAUCACCAGAGAAUGGAUCUCCAUUUUCACCAUCCGAUUCCUUGUGUUCCCCUAUGGCAUCAAAGUUCAGUGAUAUCCCUGCUAAUUCUGCACCAGAGAAAAAAGAAUAUCCAAUAGAUCCAUCUCUCCCUGAUAUCAAGAAUAGUAUCUAUUCGACGGAUGAGUUCCGCAUGUUCUCUUUCAAAGUCCGGCCUUGUUCUAGGGCCUAUUCUCAUGACUGGACAGAGUGCCCAUUUGUCCACCCAGGGGAGAACGCUCGCAGAAGAGAUCCAAGGAAGUACCAUUAUAGCUGUGUGCCUUGUCCUGAAUUUCGCAAGGGUGCAUGCCGGCGGGGUGAUAUGUGUGAAUAUGCUCAUGGGGUGUUUGAGUGCUGGCUGCACCCUGCUCAGUACCGAACGCGCCUGUGCAAGGAUGGUACAAGUUGUGCAAGGCGAGUCUGCUUUUUUGCCCAUACUACUGAGGAGCUUAGGCCCUUGUAUGUUUCUACUGGAUCUGCAGUUCCAUCUCCUCGGUCAGCUGCUUCUGCAGCUACUGUGAUGGACAUGGCUGCAGCACUGAACCUUUUUCCUGGCUCGCCCUCAGCACACUCUGUGAUGUCUCCUCCUGCUUUCAACCAACCCAUGUCCCCUACUGCCAAUGGAAUGUCUCAUCCGUCUGCACCAUGGCCUCAGCCAAAUGUCCCCGCUCUUCAUCUACCUGGAAGCAAUCUACAGUCCAGCCGCCUGAGGUCUUCCCUUAGUGCACGUGACAUUCCGCCUGAGGAUUUCAGCAUGUUGCAUGAUUUUGAUGCACAGCAACUAGUUCUGAAUGACAUGGCUUGUUAUUCACAGCCACAUCCUAACUCUUUGAACCGAUCUGGUCGGUCCAAUACACUAACUCCUUCAAAUCUUGAAGAGCUAUUUUCUGCCGAGAUUACCUCUUCUCCGCGGUAUUCUGAUCAGGCAGCGGCUUCUGGUGUUUUCUCCCCAUCACAUAAGUCGGCUUUCUUUAAUCAGUUCCAACAACAGCAGAGCAUGCUUUCCCCAAUUAACACUAAUGUCUUUUCUCCGAAAAACAUGGAGCAUCCUCUUUUGCAGGCUUCUUUUGGUGUUUCAUCACCUGGAAGGAUGUCCCCAAGAAGCAUGGAGCCCAUCUCACCUAUGAGCGCUCGCCUUUCAGCAUUUGCGCAGCGUGAGAAGCAGCAGCAACAGCUGCGCAGCCUCAGCUCCCGUGAUCUUGGUUCCAAUAAUGCCUCCAUUGUUGGAUCUCCAGUAGGUAAUUCUUGGUCGAAUUGGGGCUCUCCCACUGGAAAGGUUGACUGGUCUGUGAAUGGAAGUGGAGUUGGACGCAUGCGCCGAUCAUCUUCUUUUGAGCAGCUCAACAAUGGAGAGGAGCCUGAUCUAUCAUGGGUGCAAUCUCUUGUCAAGGAAUCACCAUCUGAGAUGAAAGAGAAGCAGGCAGCUCCCAUUUCGGGUACUGUGCCAUCUGGUGAGAGUCUGAGCAAAGUUGAUUCAGUUGAUCAUUCAGUUUUAGGAGCUUGGCUCGAGCAGAUGCAACUUGAUCAGCUUGUAGCAUAGCGAGACAACGAUUAAUUCAUUAUCGCAUUUAGCCAAACAAAUCAAAUUCAUAGGGUAGUAUAUAUUAUUUUGGUGGGUACAACUUUUUGUUGAUGGGGGAGGCAAGUUGGGAGAAGCAGGGAAAAAAAUCUAGGGGGGAAGGCAAGCAUAACUUUCCAAAUAUGUUUCUAUUCAAUUCUAAUCGUUCAUUUGUUUACAGCAAGAGUUUCAAGUUGUCUGGGCUGUAUUAAAGAAAACUCAGUCCAGGUUUGUUGAAUUCAUCCUUGUAUUUUUCCAUAAUCCUAGGACUAUUUUUUGUUCCCAAAUGAAACUAUGUAGCCUUACAGUUUUAUUUCCCCGCUUCUUUAUUCUCCUGAACAAAGCACCAUUAACAUUUUCAAGGUGUCUCUAGUUCGGAUUUCUGGUGUUUGGGAAGGAAUGGUAUUUCUUUGUCUUUGAUGAUGUAAAACACAGCAAAAUUGUUUA